UAAGUGAACGGACCGGGCAGGUCGUAACAACACUGUUUGGAUUCUCCUUGUUUUUUCGUCGCUCCGUUCAUUCAGUGCUUUGCGUGCUGAGGAUUUUGAGGAGACAUCCAGGCAUGGGCAUGCACGCAGCUUCAGCGUUUUUGCUCUACAUGCUGUUAAACCUGGAUUCAUGGAGCACUCAUGCUUUCACCGGGGACAGCUCGACUUACUGCAGGAUCCUCCGCAGCCCGAGCCGGAGCGCGCCCAGACACGGGCACUCCAACUACCGGCUCCGUAUGGAAGGAGAUCCCGAAACCUACCAGGCUGAAAGCACCUACAGAGUGAGUCUGUACGCCUCCAGUCCGUCUUAUUUCCGCGGCUUCACUCUGAUUGCUCUAAAGGAAGGAAGGCAAGGAACCAGUCCCGAUGAUUACGCCGGCAAUUUUGAGAUCAUAGAUAAAGAAGAUGCACAGUUCAUGACAAACUGCCCACCUGCCGUCACAGAGAGCAACCCCCGCAGACGCACCAGGAUCCAGGUGUUCUGGACAGCACCCCCUUCUGGCACCGGCUGUGUAAUACUCAAGGCGAGCGUGGUGCAGAGGAAGAUCAUUUACUUCCAGGAUGAAGGCUCUCUCACCAGGAGGCUGUGUGAGAAAGAUCCUCUCACCGCCACCGAGAAGCCGCUGCAGGAAUGCUGCGCCUGCGGGACAGCCAAAUAUCGACUCACCUUUUACGGGAACUGGAGUGAGAAAGUGCAUCCCAAAGACUAUCCCAGGCGCGCCAAUCACUGGUCAGCUCUGAUCGGCGCCUCUCACUCCAGAAACUACGUGGUUUGGGAAUACGGAGGAUACGCCAGCGAGGGUGUGCGGCAGGUGGCGGAGUUCGGCUCGCCCGUCAAGAUGGAGGAGGAGAUCCGUCAAAAGGUAGGUCGUAAAUUCUCCCGCGGGUGCAGCAGCGGCUGAUUGUGCUGGUGAAAUGUCAGAACUGUACUGCCUUUAGAUCAGACCCAGCUGAUAGAUAUAGAAUAGUGAGGCAGAAAGAAAGAAAGAAAAAAAAGAAAAGGAAAGAAAGAAAGAAAGAAAGAAAGAAAGAAAGAAAGAAAGAAGCUCAGACUAUGAUUUAAGUAAAUAAAUAAAUAAAGAAUAAGAAAGAAUUUUGAAUUUUACAAAAACCUUUAUUCAAACAUUAAAAAACAUCAGGUUGAUUACAGAUAACAGAAAAUCAAAAACAAGACAUAAAAAGGGUUUCCACACCCGACCAUGAGCUCCAUGGGCUAGCAAAGAUCAACUCACCCUCUACCACACUGCAUCAUUAUGACACCACUUAAACUCAAAUACCUCAGUGUUGUUCAUGUUCUUGUAAAACCAAACUCAAAAACAAUUCUAGAAAGAAAGAAAGAAAGAAAGAAAGAAAGAAAGAAAGAAAGAAAGAAAGAAAGAAAGAAAGAAAGAAAGAAAGAAAAGAAAGAAAAGAAAUGAAGAAAAAAAAUAAAUAAAUAAAUUAAGAAAGAAAGAAAGUAAGAAAGAAAGAGCUUAGACCAGGAUUUAGAGAUCUAACCUCAAGUAUCAUGGGAAAUGUAUUUUUGAAAAUAUUCAUGCUGUUUUUUGUUGGUGAUGACCUGGUGAUGUGGAUCUGAUGUGAUGUGGUUCUGAUGUAAUGUGGUUCUGAUGUGAUGUGGAUGUGGUUCUGAUGUGAAGUGGUUCUGAUGUGAUGUGGUUCUGAUGUGAUGUGGUUCUGAUGUGAUGUGGAUCUGAUGUGAUGUGGAUCUGAUGUGAUGUGCUUCUGAUGUGAUGUGGAUCUGAUGUGAUGUGGUUCUGAUGUGAUGUGCUUCUGAUGUGAUGUGCUUCUGAUGUGAUGUGCUUCGGAUGUGAUGUGGUUCUGAUGUGAUGUGGUUCUGGUGUGAUGUGGUUCUGGUGUGAUGUGGAUCUGAUGUGAUGUGCUUCGAUUGUGAUGUGGUUCUGGUGUGAUGUGGAUCUGAUGUGAUGUGGAUCUGAUGUGAUGUGGUUCUGAUCUGAUGUGAUGUGGUUCUGAUGUGAAGUGGUUCUGAUGUGAAGUGGUUCUGAUGUGAUGUGGUUCUGAUGUGAAGUGGUUCUGAUGUGAUGUGCUUCUGAUGUGAUGUGCUUCUGAUGUGAUGUGGAUCUGAUGUGAUGUGGUUCUGGUGUGA